CAGCGCAGUCAGUUUGUUUGGUGUGUGGUGGGAUGAGCAACACCCCGAUUAACCUCGGGGCCAAAGCCAUGUCGCAGCCCAACUUGGUGCGCGGGCAGAGUGUCGAGAUCAACAUGCGCGCCAUCGGAGAUGCCACCAAGAACGGCGUGAUCAUGAUCGAGAACUUCAAGCACCAGGACGACUGGGUGUCCAACUCGGAGCGGAGCCGGUGCCACAUUUGCACCAAACCGUUUGGAGCGUUCCGUCGCAAGCACCAUUGCCGCGUGUGUGGCGAAGUCAUUUGCAGCUCAUGCACGUUGAAGAAACAGGUGAUGCUGCCGAUGGUGGGCCAAACCGAAGCCCGUGUGUGCGUCACGUGCAUCUUGGUGUACUGCAAGCCGAUGCAAUCUCAAAGCAGCAACCACUUUGAAGGGUCUAUGAUGUCUCCCGCGGCGUACUCGCUUCCGUCCAAUGGCAGCAGCUCGCGCGACGGCCGCGCAACCACGCGCAGCGACUUUAGCCGGCACAACAACACGCAGCUCCACUCUCCAGACGUCAUGGGCAGCGACGUCGACCCGUCCACGUACUUUACCGGCCAGCUCGACGCGUCGUCGUUUGAGUACUCGUUGGACUACGACUGGGAGCACCCGUGGCCGAAACCGCCGGUCCCGGCGGACGAGUCGCACCGGCUGGACGUCCUCCGCAGCUUUGACAUCCUCGGCACGCCGCAAGAAGAUGUGUUCGAUAUUAUCUGCGACCUGGUGAGCAAGUCGCUCAACUGCCCCAUCGCCGGCGUGUCCUUUAUCGACCACGACCGGCAGUGGUACAAGGCCAGCGUCGGGCUCAUCCAGGACGAAAUACCGCGCAACGUGAGCUUUUGCGCCCACAUUUUGUACACCAAGCAAUCGAUCGUCGUCCCCGACACGACCCUGGACAAGCGCUUCGAACGGAAUCCGCUCGUGACUGGGCGCGCCGGCAUCCGGUUCUACGCGGCAGCCCCAAUCAUCUCCCCCGCCACGGGGUUUGUGCUCGGCACUGUGUUUGUAUUUGAUAACCAUCCGCGCCCACGAGAUCAAGUGGACAUGGCCACGCUGGAGAAGCUGGCUGGCGUCGCCAUGAAGAAUCUCGAGGACCGCCGCGCGUCCGUCGCGAGCAGUAGCGCCGCCUUUGUCCACCGCGCGUCGAGCGCGACAGACAGGUUGUCCGCGGUGACCACCAUGUCCCACAAUCCUGACAACGUACACAGUCCCUACACGUCGGCGACGCCAACGUCCCAGAUCGCGACACCACAGGCUGCCACGUCACCUAGCUACACGGAGGCACCACCCCCCCCUACUCCAACGGCAGCUGUCUCUCCUUCGGCGGUAGCAACUACUCCUGUGAGUGCUACCCCAAUGGCGAGACCAAAUCCCGUGGAACCAGAAGUACAACCCCCGCAAGAUCUCCCUCCGACACCAACUGCAUCCGCCUCUGAGACAACUGCUGCAAGCAGCUCCGUGGUGCCUUCAGAGCCGCCCAAAAUGGAAGCGAUGCUCAUGAACCUGUUGAGCCAAACGACGAUGACUCAGCAGCAAUUAGCAAAACAACAAGGCACAAUGUACGCCACAAUAUCAGGCCAUAGUAGCCAAAUCGACAAGUUAGCACAAGCCGUGGCAAGAAUGGAAGCCAAGCUAGUCGGUGGCGCUCCGGUCGGCGCCAACACAGCUACCAGCAGCAGCACCAGUGAGCCCAAGCAGCAGCAGCCCGGUGAAAAAGAGUAGCGCGUAACGUUAUGGUUAGUAGAGAACAUAUUUUCAGUUUCCCGCGUGCAUGCACCACAGUCGAUUCCAUCAUGUAGAAAUUCAAGUGG